GUUUUUGUGCUUCGCGAACAGCAGUAAGUCUCUGUAUGAAUCUAUAGCUUCCAGAUUAUGAAUUUUAGAUUUUGAGUUGUUUUUUUUUUCAUAUGCAAAGUUGUUCUAAUUUGAUUUACAAUUCCUAAUUCCUCAAAAUUUCCUAAGAUCUGUAAUCAACUUUUACCAUUUCCCUUCUGUCUCCUCUGAUUUCGUUUGUUUCGCAUUUCCUCAAGAGUUGAGCUAUGGUGAAGGAGAGUGAGUACUACGACAUAUUAGGCGUCAAGAUUGACGCCUCUGGUGCUGAGAUUAAGAAAGCUUAUUAUGUUCAAGCAAGGCAAGUUCAUCCAGACAAGAACCCUGGUGAUCCUCAAGCUGCUAAAAACUUUCAGAUACUAGGUGAAGCUUAUCAAGUUCUAGGCGAUCCGGAGAAGCGUACAGCUUAUGACAAAUAUGGAAAAGAAGGGGUUCAACAGGAUGCAAUGGUUGAUCCUGCAGCUGUGUUUGGUAUGCUCUUUGGUAGCGAGCUCUUUGAGGAUUACGUUGGGCAACUUGCCCUUGCUUCAGCAGCCUCAAUCGAUGCUGAAUUAGAAUCGUAUGAGCCUGAGAUUAGAAAACAGAUGCUUCAGGAAAAGAUCAAAGCGAUACAAAAGGACAGAGUAGACAAGCUCGUCACUACACUGAAAAUCAAACUUGAACCAUUCGUGGAAGGACAAACCGAUGAAUUUGUAAAUUGGGCCACCGCAGAGGCAAAACGGCUUUCAACAGCUGGUUUUGGUGAGGCAAUGCUUCACACAGUUGGUUACAUUUACACUAGAAAAGCUGCUAAAGAACUCGGAAAGGAUAAACGUUUCAUGAAAGUACCGUUUUUAGCCGAAUGGGUUCGUGACAAAGGCCACCAAGUAAAAUCUCAAGUGAUGGCUGCUUCUGGUGCGGUCAACUUACUUCUGUUGCAGGAUGAAGUGAGCAAGCUGAAUCAGGGAGAGAACAAAGAAGAGAAUAUUCAGAAAGCCAUUGAAGCUAAAAAGGAUGCAAUGCUUCAAUCCCUUUGGCAAAUAAAUGUUGUUGACAUCGAAUCAACCUUAUCUCGUGUCUGCCAAGCGGUGCUUAAAGAUCCAAGUGUUUCAAAGGAUGUUCUUCGAGCUAGAGCUAGAGGAUUGAGGAAGCUGGGUAACGUUUUCCAGGGUUCUAAGAAAGCGUAUUCUAGAGAAAACAGCUUGCGUCAUGAAGAAGAAACAGGAGUGAAAGUCCACACCGGAGAUUCCUCGAAGCCGGCAACUUAAACCAAGGUUCGAAUCUAUCGGUUCGAAACAGAACAAUCAGGUUUUGUGAGAAUUCUUGAAUGUAUUGUAACGAUUAAUAUUGUUUUAUUCGUAUUUAUAUUCAACACUAAAUAAAUAUUGUUAUGGGAAGUGAUGGUUUCGUCUUUAUAUUCCCUUCUUCGUUUUCGUUGGAUCUUUUUCUUCCGUGUUGGCUUCACAAAGCUCCAGGUUGCGUAUCCGGUAAGAUAUAGUAAUAGACA